CUACGGUGGCCCGAGAGGGAAGGAAAGGGACUAGGCGAAGGGACAAGUCCCGGCCAUCAUGGCAUCGGGGGAGCUGGAGCGCUGGGUCUCCGGGCAGCUGCACUCUUUGCUGGGCCUGAGCGAGCGGCACGUGGUGGCCUUCAUGGUGGGCCUGGCCACGCGCAGCAGGACGCCCGAGGAGCUCCUGGCCCGCCUCGAGGAGACCGAGACCCUCCGCGUCACCGAGCCCUCCGCCCGGGCCUUCGCCCAGCAGCUCUGGGAAAAGGUUCCCCACCAGGCCCCGCGGGAACGCCCAGCCAGGCUGGCAGAGCAGGAGGCCUUGGCCAUGCAGCAGAAGAACCGUUCCUACACUCUGCUGGAGGACAGUGAUGAGGAACAGCCUGGUGGGGCAGCGGCGGCAGCCCAGGGUUCCAAGCGCCAGCGUCCCCCACGAGGCCCUGAAGGCAAACAGCGGAAGCGGCACAAACACCUGAGGCAGCGCCAGGAGGAGGAGGAGGAGGACGGUAAAGACUCCGAUGAGAGGAGCAGCGCAGGCGAUGGGAGACGGAAACAGGCCCCAGCCACCAUGAAGGAGGAGGAGGAAGAGGACGAAUGGGAUCGGAGUGAGCGAGAGCGAUUGCAGGACUUGGAAGAGCGGGAUGCCUUCGCGGAGCGCAUCAAGCGCAAAGACAAGGAGAAGACACGCAACAUCCUGGAGCGUUCAGACAAAAAGGCCUAUGAAGAAGCUCAGAAGCGUCUGAAGAUGGCAGAAGAGGACAAGAAAUUAAUGAUCCCAGAGUUACGUAAGCAGUCUCGCCGAGAGUAUUUGGCCAAACGGGAAAAAGACAAGAUAGAAGACUUGGAAGCGGAGAUAGCAGAUGAGGAAUAUCUGUUCUCUGAGCAGGAGCUCACAGCCUUGGAGCGACAGGAGCUGGAAUACAAACGUAAAGUGCGUGACUUGGCAAAGCAGUACAAGCAAGCUGGAGAGCAGGAGAAGCUGGAGAAGAGCAAUCGCUACUAUAUGCCUGAGGAAAGUCGCAGCAAGAAAAUCCCAGAUCGUUAUGAGGAACCCCAAACAGAGGAUCACAUGGCCCCACGCGAUGAGCAGCGACGUUGGGAAGAAGACCACAUAGGAGCAGCUGCUCUCCGUUUUGGGGCUCGGGAUGCUGGUCAGCGCCAUCCUCACAAAGAUUAUGAGUAUGUCCUUGAGGAUGAUGAGAUGAUCCAGUUUGUGAAUGCUGUGCAGAUGCGAGGGACAGUUCAAAACAAGUCCCAGGAGGAGAAGCCAGAGUUGUCAGAGGCUGAGCGCAAGAAGCUGUCCAUCCAGGAGGUGCGCCGGAGCCUGCCCAUCUUUCCCUACCGUGAAGACCUGCUUGCUGCCAUUGCCGAACAUCAGAUACUCAUAAUUGAAGGGGAGACCGGCUCUGGCAAGACCACUCAGAUUCCCCAGUACUUAUGUGAAGAGGGCUACACAGAAAAAGGAAUGAAGAUUGGCUGCACCCAGCCCAGGCGAGUGGCGGCUAUGAGUGUGGCUGCCCGUGUUUCCCAGGAAAUGGGUGUCAAGCUUGGAAAUGAAGUGGGCUAUAGCAUCCGUUUUGAGGACUGCACCUCUGAGCGGACGGUGCUGAAGUACAUGACUGAUGGGAUGCUGCUAAGGGAAUUCCUGACUGAACCUGACCUGAGCAGCUACAGUGUCGUCAUCAUUGAUGAGGCUCACGAGCGCACUUUGCACACAGACAUCCUCUUUGGGCUGAUCAAGGACAUUGCUCGCUUCCGGCCUGAGCUGAAAGUGCUGAUUGCCAGUGCAACCCUGGACACAGAGCGCUUCUCUACUUUCUUUGACGAUGCUCCCAUCUUCCGCAUUCCUGGGCGCAGGUUCCCUGUUGACAUCUUCUAUACCAAGGCCCCAGAGGCUGACUACCUGGAGGCAUGCGUGGUGUCAGUGCUUCAGAUCCAUGUUACUCAGCCCCGAGGUGAUAUCCUUGUAUUCCUCACUGGCCAGGAAGAAAUCGAGGCAUGCUGCGAGAUGUUGCAGGAUCGCUGCCGUCGCUUGGGAUCCAAAAUAGCAGAACUGCUAGUCCUCCCAAUCUAUGCCAACCUCCCCUCUGACAUGCAGGCCAAGAUUUUUGAGCCAACUCCACCAGGAGCCAGGAAGGUUGUUGUGGCCACAAACAUUGCAGAGACAUCUCUGACCAUAGAUGGCAUCAUCUACGUGAUUGAUCCUGGUUUUUGCAAGCAGAAGAGCUACAACGCUCGCACAGGCAUGGAGUCACUCAUUGUUACUCCUUGCUCUCGGGCUUCUGCUAACCAGCGAGCAGGAAGAGCUGGCCGGGUGGCUGCAGGGAAAUGCUUCCGUCUCUACACAGCCUGGGCCUACAAGAAUGAGAUGGAAGAAACCACAGUGCCAGAGAUUCAGCGGACCAACUUGGGCAAUGUGGUACUGCUUCUGAAGAGCUUGGGCAUCAAUGAUCUGAUCCAUUUCGACUUCAUGGACCCACCACCCCACGAGACUUUGGUACUGGCACUAGAACAGCUUUAUGCCCUGGGGGCCCUCAAUCAUCUUGGCGAGCUUACCAAGCUGGGCCGGAAGAUGGCGGAGCUUCCUGUGGAUCCCAUGCUGUCCAAGAUGAUCCUGGCUUCAGAACAGUACAAGUGUUCAGAGCAGAUCCUCACUAUCGCUGCCAUGCUUUCAGUCAACAAUGCCAUUUUCUAUCGGCCCAAGGACAAAGUAGUCCAUGCAGACAAUGCCCGCAUGAAUUUCUUCCUGCCUGGUGGAGACCACCUUGUUCUUCUCAAUGUUUACAGUCAGUGGGUGGAGUGUGGUUACUCCAUGCAGUGGUGCUAUGAGAACUUCAUCCAGUUCCGCUCCAUGAGACGAGCCAGGGAUGUGCGAGAACAGCUGGAAGGGUUAAUGGAACGCAUUGAAGUGGACAUAACUUCCAGUGAGGGAGACUACAUCCCAGUCCGUAAGGCCAUUACUGCGGGUUUCUUCUAUCACACAGCUCGCCUAACCCGCAGCGGUUACAAGACAGUCAAGCACCAACAAACAGUGUUUGUCCAUCCAAACAGUUCCCUUUUUGAAGAACAACCACGCUGGCUCAUCUAUCAUGAAUUGGUCUUUACAACUAAAGAAUUCAUGAGACAGGUCAUAGAAAUUGACAGCACAUGGCUCCUGGAGGUGGCCCCUCACUACUACAAGGCCAAGGAAUUAGAAGAUGCUUCUACCAAGAAACUUCCCAAGAAAGUAGGGAAAACACGAGAGGAGCUUGGAUAAGGCAGGAGCGGAAAUCUUGUCUCCCAUUCACUUUGUGCUAUAUUGGCACAUUCACCCCAGGACUUCUCCACCCCCUCGAUAUUUGUAUAGUUUUGAUGUCAUCUGAGACAUGAAAUAAAACAUUUUUACAAACUC